UUAUAUCAAAAUAUAUAAUAUUACAUUAAUAAACUAAUAUGAUACUCAAUAAAUUAGCCCUGAUACUGUUAUUUACAACCUGUGUGGUAAAUGGUGAGUACUGCCCAGAUGACCCUAGUGAAAUAUCACCAUGUACGUGCGAUGGCAAAACAAUUAAGUGCCUGGCCGUACAGCCAUUUGACAUGGGUACAAUAUUUCAAACCCUACUGAACGGCAAACAGCACCGGUAUUACGAGACGUUUGAGUUGGAAAGUAGUGCCAUUGAGAAACUGGAGUCACUGAUGUUUCGGGGGGUUAUGUUCAAAAACAUCAAGCUAACUGGGUGCUCAAAGCUACAGUGUGUCAGUCCCAUGGCUUUCGGGGGACAGGAGGAGAGUGUUGAGACUUUUGAGGCCACCCUGACACAUUUAGGUGCCCAAAAAAGUAAGGAGUGUGACCUGUUUGGUGCGUUAAGUACCCUGAUAUCUGUGCGGGACAUUCAAAUAAUAGGCAGUCAAAUAAUGACUGUACCUGAUAAUGCAUUUACCAAUAAAAUUGGUGAUCAACUAAACUUGACAUCCAUUAGUUUUAGCGCCGGUAGUCCAGGUGGCAAAAUUGGUCAUGUUGGUAAACAGGCAUUUACCAAGCUUAGAGCGUUGAGUAAAUUGGACCUGUCGCAAAAUAUGUUAAUUAAUAUAGCUACCGGUGCUUUUAACAUAACGGACCCAAUCACCGAUAGCCUGGUCAUUAAUCUGAUGGGCAAUGACUUAAUAGGGACGUCAUUUGGCAGGGAUUUAACCGCGACUGAUGUGUCCAACAGUAUUAAAUUGGGUGGCAAUACAAAGCUAAGUUACCUGGAUGAAGUGAAAAAUACUAUUGAUAUGAACGGAGACCUCAUGGAAGUGGACCUCAAAAAUAAG